AUGAUGGAUGCCAAGCACAUCGCUGAGUCGUUAGGGGUGGAGAUGGAAUUUCGAAUGACCCUGUCACCAAGUCCCUCUUCUACUCCACUUGAUUCGCCGAACCAAACCUUCGGAGAAACCGUCUUACCUCAUGAUAUGUGUCAGGCAGAAAUUGACGCUGAUGUUAUGUCUGACACCGACGCUAGACACACAACCUCUCACCCACCAUUGCGCGAUGCCCAGGCGGAUCUUUCGACACAAAUUACGCCUGAAAUGAAAGCGCAGCCCCAAGAGACCAGAAGAUGGAGGUGGACGAUAAAGAAAGCGCAGAAGAGGACGAAAGCAUGGAAUCAAUUGGAACAAAUGGAGAAAUGGAAGGCCACUUGUCGACAACCAAACAGAAGAGGAUGCGCCGCCAAUUUUAUCGUGAAUAAAAUUAUUAAUCUCUUCAUGAAUAGCGUUAUAAUUUGGGUUGGGUGGACUGACGUGGACUUGUCGGUGGUGGUGCAGGUGGUAAUUCAGGUAGAUGAAUGUUUUAGUGAAAGUGGAAGUGGCGAUGCGUGA